UCAGUUUCAAUAUGGCGGACGAGCAAGUUUGAACAUGGCCACAGAAUCGACCUCAAAAACGGAGAAGCAAGAUAUUUUCAAGGACGUCAGAUUCUUCCUAGCUGAGGAAAGCAAUGAAGAGGUGAAACAAGUCUUGAAGUCAGGCGGAGCAGCUCGUGAGUUUUACAUCAGUGAUCUUGUGACUCAUGUCAUCUCCACGGAUACCAAUUUUCCUCAGUAUAGUGAAGCCAAGGAUUGUAACUUGACAAUUGUUCAGAUUCCAGUAAAUGACAGAGAUGCAUUGUGGGCCAUGGUAACAUACUAUGGAGGCCAAUGCCAGCUGAAUCUCAACUCUAACUGCACUCAUCUGGUGAUUCCUCUUCCAUCAGGUCCAAAAUAUGAAUGUUCUUUAAAGCAUCCUGAGCACAUUAAGAUUGUCACUCCCAGCUGGAUUGUGGACAGCAUAAAGGCAAAGAAGAGGCUUGAUGAUGACUUCCUCUGAAGCCAUAAACACCAAAACAACAACUUUACAAAGUCAGUCAAGUUUAGCAGUUUCUGCAGCAGAAGUGGAGAAAACUACAGACAAAAACAUCGCUACUACACCACAAGAAAAGGAAGAUAUAGAACCAAAACCUGUUUCUGAUGUAUUGAGUAGUGGCAUUAAAAUUGUCGAAAAUAACAAUGAGGAAAUUGUGGAGGAUGAAAAAGAAAAUAAAGAACAAAGCAAUUUACUGAGUGAAGGAAAGUCAAUAGAGAAUGAAGAAUCCAAUUGUUUGGCUGGCUGUGUUUUCGUAAUAGCAGAUUAUCCAGACCGCAUGGAACAUGCUAUUCUUAAUACAUGGAUUGAGGUAAUACAACAACAUGGAGGCAAAGUUAGCCAUUUCUAUUCAAAACAAUCAACACAUUUGCUUUGUCUCAAUCAGCAUGGAGAUCUUUAUCAAAAGGCAAUUUCAGAUGGAAAACGGAUAAUCACAGCCCACUGGUUGAAUGAUGUGCUGACAGAAAAAGUGAUGUUUCCACCAUCAAAUCCACUUCAUCUUCCUUUGCCAUUCAAAGAUAAAGUAAACCAGUGCAGGAGUAUGGUCAUCACAGUUACUGGAUAUACAGGCACUGAGAGAACGCUAUUGAAGAACAUGAUAUAUGUUAUUGGUGCAAAAUACACCGGCUACUUAACUCGUGUUAACACACAUAUUAUCUGUAAGAGCCCAACAGGAGAAAAAUACACCAAGGCAAAAGAGUGGGGAGUACAAUGUGUGAAUGCAAAGUGGCUUGGUGACAUUGUUACAACUGGUUUUCCAUCUCCUUGUAACCUUGUGAGGUACUCAACCCUGGGUGAGCCAGAUGAACUAGAGAUAACUAAAGAUCUACUGGUCAGAGAGCUUAUCAUUCCCUGGCAGUCAUGUGAAGGUUCAAGUGCACUCGAGAUGACUGUUGGUGGUGGAAAACGGAAAUUUGGAGAACAGAGCACUCCUGAAAAUGGUCAGCUGAGGAAAGUAAGACGAACAUCAAGUCCUGCCAGUGCUGAAAAACCGGAAGGGCCCAGAGUUCUUUUUACUGGCAUUGUACCAUCAGAUGUAUCAAGAUUAACUGAGAUAAUCACUAGUCUUGGAGGAGUUGUGGUCACCUCAGUGAAGGAAUGCACUCACCUUAUAACAAGAAAGAUUAUUCGAACAGUAAAAUUCCUGUGCGCAAUCUCUAUCGCGAAGUACGUUGUGACUCCGGAUUGGAUUGAGAAGAGUCAGCAGUCCACGACAUUUCUUGACCCAAGUGAAUUCACAGUGAAAGACAACUUCUCCGAGGACAUGUAUGACAUGGAUUUGAAAACAUCACUUCAGAGAGCAAGAACGCGGCCACUUUUAAAGGAUAUCAUGGUGUAUGUGACGCAAAGUGUCGAGCCAAGCCCAUCGUCCAUGAAGGAGAUUAUCCAGAGUGCAGGUGGACAGGUGUUGACGAGUGUCCCAUCUCAACAGCACCUAGCAGAGCUUAAACGCAAGGCUAUUGAUCAGGGAUCACCCGUGUUACUGGUUAUUAGUUGCGACAAAGAUGGCCUGCUGUGUUCAGAAUUUCUCAAGAAAGGAUUUGACAUACACAAUGCUGAACUAAUCUUGUCAGGUGUAUUGAAGCAGCAAUUGGAUCUCGACUUAUAUAAACUUGAAAUAACUUUGGAGUGACGGCAUGUUACAGAUGGAAAAGUUUCGCCCCUCACGAAUUUAAAUUUUAGUUAGAUUUAAUCAAUAUUUUUCACUCAGUGUUAUCUGGCUUUUUAUCACGAUAUUGAUGAUAUGUUCAAGUAGCUACGAAAUGUUAUCAGCUUUGAAGAUACAAAAAUCUUCACCAAAUUCCCACUGCCUCCUUUGAAAAAUUCCUCGUUAUCUGUUUAGAAUUUAUCCUUUGUGCAGGAUUUCAAUGACAGACUCAUGUAAAUAAGACUCUUCCUCGUAGUAUUCGAAAGCAAAAGUGUCAGGUUUUUAUUUCACUAAUAUAUGGUACCUUACAUGAUAUAUAUAUGUUAUAUUAGUAUACGAAACGUGAUACACAUUAAACACUUUUUAACUUGCUCAAA